GGGUGGCCCCUGCUCGCGUAACGCGCUAGCGCAUUCUGAGCCUCAUAGAAAAGUAGUAUCAACUCCACCAGGCAGUGUCCGACGCAAACAUCAUGUCUGUUCCCUACCAGUGCAUUGUAGCGCACAGCUCAGAAUCUGCGGGAGAGUGGGUGAUAUUCGGUGCGAGCGGCUCCAAGAUCGUAGCUCAUUCCAGUCGUGGGGCAACGACGACAUGGCCACCGCAAGACAAUCAGAUUGAAGAUCAGCAGGAGGGCGAUUCCGAAGAGCGACCAGGAAAACGCAUCAAAUUGGAACAACCGAAGGAGCAGAAGUCGAAUUUUUCCAGUCUCAUUCUUUCAAGCGAUGGACAAUACUUGGUUGGCAUAACUGGUGAAGACAAAUGCAUUCGCGUCUUCCAGAUCGAUUCACAGAACCGACUGCAGCAACUUAGCGAAAGGUGCAUGUCGAGACGACCUUCUUCGAUCAUUCUUACAUCCGAUAACACGACUAUCUUGUGUGCAGACAAGUUUGGCGAUGUGUAUGCACUUCCACUUCUCCCAUCACCUGACGACGAUAAAGUAGAAGAGCCAUCUGAAACACCAGCGACUGCACAGCCGGACCAGAAAGAAUGGAUGCCUUCCGCCACUACCCUGACCGUUCAUUCUGGUAGAAAUAGGAAGACUCUCGAAGAGCAGCUUAAGCAGAAAGCGAAGGGACCAGCGAAAUCCAAAGAGCCUAUGCGAUUCAAGCACGAGUUGCUCCUUGGUCACGUUUCUAUGCUCACGGAUGUCGUUUAUACAAAGGUAGAGGGCCGAAGCUACAUCAUCACAGCAGAUCGAGACGAGCAUAUCAGAAUCUCAAGAGGCCCGCCGCAAGCACAUAUUAUUGAGGGCUUCUGCUUCGGCCACGAGGCGUUCGUAAGCAGACUUUGCUUCACACAGUCUGGUCAACUUGUAUCUGGUGGUGGUGACGAUCACUUGUUUGUCUGGGACUGGCAAAAUGGUCUUUUGAGAGAGAAGCUGGCCAUCCGAGAUCUCGCCUUUGCCCAUCUCCAGGAGCGUGGCUUGGUUCUGGCAGGUGUAGAGUCUGCGACUUUCAAAGUUGCGGUUACGGGCAUUUGGAGUUUACCAACUAGAGACGGGGCUGAAACUAUCCUCGUGGCGUGCGAGGGUGUACCCGCGCUAUUCGGCUUCACACUAGGUGUAUCCACCUUGGGAAAUUCCAUCCCAUUGAGCGGUAACGCACUUGGUGUUGCCAUUAUACACACCUCUACAGGGUCGCUGAAACUCGCCGUCUCGAUCGACAGCGUCCAAAAGCCAGGCUCAACGACUGAAGUUCGGGAAGACAAAGUGCCAAGAUUGCGAUGCCUCGCCAGACAGCAAGCUGGCGGAUGGCACGAAGAUCCUGAGCUGGCAAACAUGCUGAAGAUCUUCGAGCAGGGUGGUGACAAGCUGCUUGCAGAUGACAAAGCAGUGCGAGACAUGCUCUACAAUGUGGAGAAUCUCAGAAAGCGUCCAGGCGCAGAAGAUUAGAUAGCAGCGUUGCAAGACCACAACGGACUUGAGAUGCUCCUUCCAAGCGCGGGGCCGAUAUACGAAGAUAGAAAG